AGCGAGGCAGAUACAGCACUGGCUGAAGUUCUCUGAAGCUGCAGAGACCGGUGCUGAGGACGCCACUCAGCCCACAUGGAGAUCUACUACGCCGUGCUGCUGUGGGCCUGCAGCCAGCUUCUAGGUCUGCACAACUGCUUCAGCAUCGACACCCAGAAUCCCCGGCUGAUUCCCGGCUCCGCUGAAGCCCAGUUUGGCUACACCGUGCAGCAACACGAGGCAGGAGGACAGAAGUGGUUGCUGGUGGGGGCCCCCUUUGAGACCAGCGGCCAGCACCAGACCGGGGAUGUCUACAAGUGCGCCGUGGAUGAGGGCUCCAACAGCAGCUGCACGAGGCUCAACUUAGGAAGGGUUUCCCUUACCAAUGUGUCCGAGCGCAAGGACAAGAUGCGGCUUGGUAUGACACUGGCCUCCAACCCGAAGGACAACACCUUUGUGGCAUGUGGGCCCUUGUGGUCUUAUGAGUGUGGCAGCUCCUACUACAGCACGGGCAUUUGCUCGAGGGUCAACGGCAGUUUCAAGUUCUCUCGCACCAUAGCCCCAGCCUUCCAGAGAUGUGAAACCUACAUGGACAUCGUUAUUGUUCUGGAUGGAUCCAACUCUAUCUACCCAUGGUACGAGGUGCAGAACUUUCUCAUCAACAUCCUGCAGAAAUUCUACAUUGGGCCCGGCCAAAUACAGGUGGGGGUGGUGCAGUAUGGAGAGAAGGUGGUGCAUGAGUUCCACCUCAACGAGUACCGUUCCGUGGAAGAGGUGGUGAGGGCUGCACGCAACAUUGAGCAGCGUGGAGGCGAGGAGACGCGGACCGCACUCGGCAUCAACAUGGCACGGUCACAGGCUUUUAAGCGAGGUGGUCGCCGUGGUGCCAAGAAGGUGAUGAUUGUGAUCACAGAUGGGGAGUCACAUGACAGCCCUGACCUGCAGAAGGUCAUCGAGGCCAGUGAAAAGGAUGACAUCACGCGGUAUGCCAUUGCGGUUCUGGGCUAUUACAACCGACGUGGCAUCAAUCCUGAGGCCUUCCUGAGGGAGAUCAAGUAUAUCGCUAGUGACCCUGAUGAUAAGCACUUCUUCAACGUAAAGGAUGAGUCUGCACUGAAGGACAUCGUGGAUGCACUGGGCGAGCGAAUCUUCAGCUUAGAAGGGACCAACAAGAACGAAACGUCGUUUGGUCUCCAGAUGUCUCAAGCUGGUUUCUCUUCUCACAUUGUGGAGGACGGGAUCCUGGUGGGAGCUGUGGGGGCAUACGACUGGAACGGGGCGGUCCUGAAGGAGACCCGCCAGGGAAAGGUCAUCCCGCCCAAGUCCUCGUACUUGGAGGAGUUCCCGGAGGAGCUGAAGAACCACGGCGCAUAUCUGGGCUACACGGUGACCUCGGUGGUGGCCUCCAGGUCCGGCCGGCUCUACGUGGCUGGGGCUCCUCGCUUCAACCACACCGGGAAGGUCAUUAUCUUCACCCUGAAGAACAACGGCAACCUCACCAUCCUGCAUUCGCUCAAGGGGCAGCAGAUCGGCUCCUACUACGGAAGCGAGAUUGCCCCGCUGGAUAUCGAUGAGGACGGCAUCACUGACAACCUCCUAGUGGCUGCUCCCAUGUACUUCAGUGGUGGCUGGGAGAGGGGCAGGGUGGCUGUCUACCGUGUGACGGAGGAGAGUGAAUUCGCCCUCGAGGGUGUGCUAGAAGGUUCCGAAAAGGGGCAGAAUUCGCGCUUUGGCUCUGCCCUGGCCCCCGUUCCCGACCUCAACGGCGACGGCUACAGUGAAUUGGUUGUUGGCGCACCUCUGGAGGACGACCACAAGGGGGCCAUCUACGUAUUUUAUGGCCAGCAAGGCAAAAUACAGCAAAAAUAUAAACAGAGGAUCGCCGCCGCCACACUCUCUCUCGGGUUACACUACUUUGGCCGCAGCGUCCAUGGGCGGCUGGACCUCAAUGAGGAUGGGCUGGUGGACCUGGCGGUGGGCUCCCUGGGGGCCGCCGUGCUCCUCUGGUCCCGCAGUGUCGUCCGUAUCCACAUUGAGGUGUGGUUUGAGCCAAGGAAGAUAAACGUGUUCAACAAGGACUGCCGCAGGGGGGGCAAGGAUGUCACCUGCAUGUCUGCCAUGGUGUGCCUGAAUGCCACCGCGAGGACCCCAAUCCCGCCGACACAGGAAGUGGCCGUGUCCUACAGCGCCUUCAUAGACGAGCGGCGGUACGCUGCCAGAGCCGUGCUGGACGACAGCGAGAGGAAUCCGCGGGAUGCCGUCCUGCUGCUUGGAGAUUCGUCCUGUGAGCAUGUUUACUUCCAUGUCAUGGAGACUACAGACUAUGUUCAGCCUGUAAUCUUCUCAGUGGAGGUAAACCUUCAAGAUCCUUUUGAAGGUCCUGUGUUAGACGACAGCUGGCCAACCACAUUGAGGGCAGAGCUGCCUUUCUGGAAUGGAUGUGAAGAUGACGACUUCUGUGUUUCCGACCUGGUCCUGACAGCUCACUCUGACCUCCUGGACCGUAGGCAAUUCUGUGGGCAAGCUGUGGCCUCGGUGGGGGCCUUUUGCAAGGGACCCGUGGUGGCUGAGGCGUGGGAACGCGUGGUGGAAGGUUCCCGCCGGAGGAUGGUGGUGGAAGGGCAGCUGGAGAACCGCGGCGAGAACGCCUUCAACACCCGUCUGAACAUCUCACAUACAUCCAACCUGUACUUCUCCAGCCUUAUGGUCAAGGACCAGUCGGAUGUGAAGAUCGAGUGCCGCGGUGAGGACGCACUGAGGUUCGAGAGGUCCUGCAAUGUCAGCUCACCAUUCUUGAGGUCACAGACACAGGUGUCUUUCCGCUUGGAGUUUGAGUUCAGUCGCUCCGUGUUCCUGGACCAUGUGCAGGUUGUGCUGGAGGCCAGCAGCAACGGAGAAGAUGAGAACAAGGACAAUAACUUCGUUAAUAUCUUUCACCCACUGAAGUAUGAAGCAGAUCUUCUUUUCACAAGGAGUUCCAGCCCCUCUCGGUACGGGAUCAAAUCUGACCGCUCCCUGGUGCAGCCUCGCAGCCUGGUCCAUCCCUUCAAUUUCACCUUCCAGAUCCAGAAUUUGGGCUUCUUCCCUGUGAGGAAUUUGCAGUUAAGCACUGAAAUACCGACAGUGACGAAGCAGGGGAACCAACUUUUGGAGAUAAAUGACUUCCUGAUUGAUCAGGUAGAUGGCACCCUCUGCACUCCCCCCUCGCCAAGAUUUCAGAGCCGAGACUCCCCAGAGGAUCUUUCCCGCAUUCCUCAGCUGAACCACACCAAUGCUGUAAGCACACUGCUCUACUGCACCAUCGAUCUGCCCGCUCACAGAGAGGUGGCGCUCUUGGUCAGGGGUGCUCUGCGCAUCGACACUCUGUUUGCGGUCAAGUUCAAGACCCUUGAGGUAGUGACAACAGCCUCAUUGGAACUGGAGGCCUCUAGCCCCAUGUUUCUGCAUGAGGAGCGGCCAGUGCGACACAUAACCAUAGAGAUUAGAAAAGAGGAAGAGUACCCGAUUCCCAUCUGGAUCAUCAUUGGGAGCACGCUGGGUGGCCUGCUGCUGCUGGCGCUGCUCAUCCUCGCUCUCUGGAAGCUGGGAUUUUUCCAGCGGCACAAGCGGAGACAGAAGGCAGGACAGGAGGUGGGGCCUGGGAUGGAGCAGGGGGCGGAGCCAGAAGUGAAUGGGAAGGCAGUGGAGGAGCGGUAACAGCAGCAGAGGCACACGGAUAUGCAGGCCAGGCACGCCAGUGAGUGUCCCUUAUGGGGACCAAGGGUGACUCUAAGACAGCAGGAGAGAGAGACACUGGGACCUUCUCCCCCCAUCAGUCUGCUUAUCAACAUCGACCCUGUGCUGUUGAUCUCAAUCACACACCAUCCUGGGACAGUCGGCUCCAGUUUUCCCUAAUAUCUCAAAAGGGGCCCCAUCCUCCCAGCUCCUGUCCUUAUGAGAAGCUGCAUCAGUCUGGUUCUGGUUACAAAGCCUUUGCCAAAAAGUCCUCAUCCAACACAAUUUGAACCAUCGCCACCCUCCUUCGCUUUGAGGAGAGACACGAAUAGAAAAUGUCACCACAGACUUAUGAGAUAUGGCGAGUGACCAAGAAAACAUCAGGGACAACUUUGUGAAAAGUGGUGAGCUAGAUAAAUGUGCAAUGCAGCGAUGUUGAGAUAGGGGGCGCUCCAGAGUCACCACCGCUGGAGCGGGCCGAGCCGCCCAGGCCUCCGAGCAGGCCCAGGAGGACGUCCCCAAAACAGGCCUUUGUUUUUAUUGCCUUUCCUCUGAAGAACUGGUAUCCAGUUUCCUUUGAUCUAGUAACUCACAACUGUAAUUCCAGAUUGUUUCACAGACCUGCAAAUUGAUUUUGUAAAAAAAAUCUUAUACUUCAGAUAUCUUUAAAAAUAAAUAUACGUUGAUGCACUUUGACAUUAUAUAAAAAUGAACUUGAAUUUUGUAAAUAUCCAAGUAUACUUAAACAUAUUUUAUCUGAGGUCCUUGAAGAUUGUGUCAUUCUACAUGAAGGAUUGUGGCAUUUUUUUAAUCGUAGCUAUGGUAACAUAGCAAGACUAAUCUUGCUGAGAGGCAUGACUUGUCCUCUGAAUAAGUGUCGCAGGGGUAAUCGUGUGGCAUAAACAAAAGACAUGUGGAUGCCAGAUUCCAGCAAGAGCCCCAUACAGAGCCCUGAUAACUGCUCAUUCUUUAAAUGUACAAAUGUCUCAUUAAAAAAUAAAAAAACUCAUUCUGUUUUUUGAGAA